AGCGACAUCUAAAUUAAUUCGUGGAACUAUUCAAUAUGAAUUUAAAUGAAACAUGUAGCGGAAGAUUUAAAAAUGGCUCCCGAAUCUGAGGUUAUGUUUUCACAUGAGACUGAUAUAAUUGAACAAUCAAAGAAAGAAGUGACAACAUUAACCAAGAAUAUCGAGAAAGAAAAAGAGAAAUUUUACGCUGCAAUUUUCUUAAGCAGUGUCACCGGUUUGUCUGCACUUAUCGGUUUUGGUACAACACUAGCCUCAGCGAGAAAAAAAGAUCCAAAAUACUUCAACGAAGGAUUAAGUGGAUCUAGAAGACUACAUGAAACUGGAGUUUCCUUGGCAUUCAGAGCACUUAGUUGGGGUACAUUUUAUGCGGUAACAGGAUGUGGUCUUUUAUUUUAUGGUAUAUGGAAGUUGUCGGGUGCAAACAAUGCUAAAGAAUUUAGAUACAAAAUGGGAUCAAUUUUGCCUAAGAUUCCUAAAAAUGAUCCGCCACAAAGUAGAACAGAAUUCGAAGGCUUGACUGAUCUUCUUACAUAUAUUGCAGAAGAUUGGGGUAAAAAGAAGGACUGAGAGAUACUCUAUGUUCAUUUAACAAAUUGAAUUUGUAAUGGUAGAAAAAUAUUGUACAAAGUGAUAUAAUAUAUAGAAAAGACUAUACCUAAACUCUACUAACUAUAGCUAACUAACUGAAAGUUAACAGUACGAUAAAUCAACAAUUGCAAUAAAUUUUUUUUUAUUAAAGUUUUAAUUUAUAUAUUUAAAAAAUGAAAUAAUCAUUAAGAAACGGAAAUAAAAUGAACGAAGAAGCGUAUUUUUAUAUAAUUUUAUGAAAACAAAUGUUAAAUUUUAUCAAAAUGUUAAAUCUUAUCAAAAUGAUACAUUAACAAAAUUGUACUAUUUACGUAUAAUGUGCAUUGAUUAAUAAGCGAUCAUUUAGAAUAGCUAAUACACAGAAAAAGCAUUCAGUAAUUUUUAAAUGGGUCAUAUGUGCAGUGACCUCACAUUCAUAUGUCGAUAAUAUUGUCACUUCAUGCUAGUGCUGGAAUUUUUCUAAUUAACAUUUACCUUGAUUUUAUAAAUUCUAUGUAUAAAUAUUUCUCUUUAUUUCUCGUUAAAAUAUAAUUUCAAGUAUAUACACACGGUUAAUUUUUAUUUAUUUUUUCUUUCCUAAAACGUAACUACAUAUAAGAUUAGUCAACAUUUCUUAGGUUCGUAAUUUCAGCAUAAAAAAAAAAA